GUCAAAUAAAUGCACCCCCGUCUUCAAAUGCAAACCCCAACUUGUAAGGUUCGUAUGAACCCGCUCAAAGCCAGAGAUAAAGAUAGGGAGCUGGGAUAAUGUUGAUAACAGGAAGAGAAAUUACAUCUUCAUGGUCUCUUUGUUGCAACUUACCAACUCAAUCUCGCAAUUCGAUUCAUACCUCUAGAAAUCUUCGAAACAGUUCAUCCAUUUGCAGAGCAACACUUUCUGUCCAAGGAAAACCCAACGCUCUCUUUUCAUUAUCUUCAUCCACCAGCUGUGAGAGCUCUAAUUUUGAUCCACUAGGUAUCAAUUCAGGUAAAUUACCUGGUCUGAAUUCCACUUGGGAAAAUGUUUUAGGCUUGUUUUCAGAAAGAUUUGAUAGCAGCUCAAGUACAAGAAACGAAAAAUCUCCAUCAUCUAAAGGAGCAGCAGCUGCAAUAGAGGACACAUCCAUUGAUUUUGGCGACUUUUUCAAAGGGCCAUUACCUGGAAAAUUCCUCAAACUUUUAGGGUUUUUGGCUUUAUCUAGACUCGGGAUUUAUAUACCCCUUGGUGGAGUGAAUAGAGAAGCAUUUGUUGGAAAUUUGGAUCAAAAUAGUAUUUUAAGCACUUUGGAUACGUUUUCUGGAGGUGGAAUUGGUCGACUUGGAAUAUGUUCUCUUGGAAUUGUCCCAUUUAUCAAUGCGUCAAUCGUGUUUCAACUUCUUACACAAAUUUACCCUAAAUUACAAGAACUUCAAAAGAGAGAAGGCGAAGCAGGAAGAAAGAAAAUUCUUGCAUAUACUCGUUAUGCUUCUGUUGGAUUUGCUCUUGUCCAGGCGAUUGGUCAAGCUCUGUUUCUUAAACCUUAUGUGGAUGAUUUCAGCAGUCAAUGGGUGAUAUCUACUGUUGUUUUAUUAACACUUGGAUCUGUAUUUACAACAUUUAUUGGUGAAAGAAUCACAGAUUUGAAACUUGGAAAUGGCACAUCGCUUCUUAUAUUUACAAGCAUCAUCUCCUACUUGCCUGCAUCUUUUGGAAGAACAGUUGCAGAAGCUUUUCAAGAUGGAAACUAUCUUGGCCUAAUUGCCAUCAUCAUCUCCUUCUUCCUUCUAGUUCUUAGCAUCGUCUAUGUUCAGGAAGCUGAAAGAAAGAUUCCACUGAAUUAUGCUUCACGAUACAGUAGUAGAACAGGAGGGAUUCAGAAAUCUGCUUAUUUGCCAUUCAAGGUGAAUAGUUCAGGAGUGAUGCCGAUUAUAUUUUCCACGUCAUCUUUGGCUCUUCCUGCCACUCUGGCACGGUUUACUGGUUUAAAUGUGCUAAAAAAUGCCGCUGUGGGUUUGACCCCAGGGGGUGCGUUUUAUCUCCCAACAAACGUUUUAUUAAUCGCAUUCUUCAACUAUUACUACACUUUCCUCCAAUUGGACCCCGAUGACGUCAGCGAACAACUGAAACGCCAAGGCGCCUCCAUUCCACUUGUCCGACCCGGGAAAAACACAGCCGCAUUCAUCAAAACGGUUUUGAGUCGGAUAUCCGUUUUAGGGUCGGUGUUUUUGGCGAUUCUUGCAGCGGGCCCCGCUGUUGUGGAACAAACGACACAUUUGACGGCUUUUCGAGGAUUCGCAGGUACUUCGGUUUUGAUUUUGGUUGGUUGUGCCACCGACACUGCAAGAAAAGUUCAAGCGGAGAUAAUUUCUCAGAAGUAUAAGAACAUCGAGUUCUAUGAGAUUGAUAAAGAUAUAACCUUUUAAUUUUUAAACAUUGAGACAUGUAAUUUUUAUUUAAACAUUGUAUAAGUUAAAUAUCGUGUUGUACUUGUUUCUAAUGUACUACAUUUUGAUAUGUACAUAAAACCCUAAUUUUGCUCAUACAACAA